CUUGGGGGUUUUUUUCUCUCAGAGUGGGACAUCUGUUCAUUAGAGGAUCUCUCGGUUCUGUUACUCUUCGUCUUCAUCGCGAGCAUGUUGAAGUUGAACCGCUCUCUCAGACCCGCUUUGGUCUUUCUCAGAUCUACUCCUGCACAGCCUCAUGUGCUCUUCUCUACCGGGUCCCAGCAGGAACACAAAACCUUCUACGAGUUCCGGACCUACUGCAUCUGCCCGGACCAGAACGCUGCCUUCCUUAAACUGACCAAUGAGAAGAUCCACCUGCGCACGGCGCACUCUGAGCUGAUUGGCUAUUGGAGUGUCGAGUAUGGCGGUCUGAACAAAGUUUUCCAUAUAUGGAAGUACGACAGUUACUCCCAGCGGGCAGCUGUUCGGGCAGCUCUGUCUCAGGACCCCUUCUGGAUCUCAGAGUACAUCUCUAAGGCCAUCCCGAUGCUGACGUCACAGGACAACGAGGUAACAUACCUGGUUCCUUGGAGCCGCCUGCAGAGACCGCCUCAUGAUGGAGGUGUGUUUGAGCUGAUCUCGUACCAGAUGCGUCCUGGUGGGCCGGCAGUUUGGGGCAAAGACUUCCAGGCCGCCAUCACCUCCCAUGAUGCACCGGGGUACGGCAAGCUGCUGGGAGCAUUCCACAGUGAGUUUGGCCCGCUGAACCGAGUUCACACCCUGUGGUGGUUUCAGAGUGCCGACCAUCGAGCUGGAAUUCGACACACAGCUCACACUGAUGCCAGAGUGGUCGCUGCAGUCCGAAGAAGUGUCGUCCAUCUCGACUCUCAGAGGAACCAGCUCAUGUUUCCAUGUCCUUUCUCCCCAAUGAAGUGACUUCCUGUUGUCUCCAUGGCAACGGAUGUUCUCAUGUUCAGUUUGUUAACAUGAACCUGCAGCGCCUGACUGUGAGCUCAACCCCAUUCCUUGGAUGAGCCAAUCAUAGCUCCAGGGGCAGAGACUGAACUGAGAAUCAGCUGACUGACAUCAGCACCUGCGGUGGAUGUUGGAAGUGGGCGGAGCUUCAUUCAAGCAUCUCUGAUGUGACUGACAAGAGCGAUAAUGUGAAACUGAUCAAUAAAGUUUGACUGUUUGAAUGUU